GGUUGGGUAAGGGAAAAGAUCAUACAUUGCUGUUGGGCUCAGAACCCCCUCUGAAUUGAUCGUGUGAUUUUUUGCUGAGACUGUUGGACGUGUUCACGUGAGAGAAGUGAAGGCAUUUCAUUCCUGCCCUGAAGUUAGUCUUCUCUUCAAUUUUUAUCGGCGUUUCGUUUCACCGUUUCUCGGCGAAAAUGUCCGGUCAAACAAUAAGCGAUCGGUUGUUGGCGGCACGUCACUCUAUUGCCGGCCAAGGGCUGGCAAAAGCCGUUUGCAAAGCCACCACAGAAGAAGUCAUAGGACCAAAGAAAAAACAUCUUGAUUAUUUGCUGCAUUGUACGAACGAGCCGAACGUUUCCAUUCCGCAGUUGGCCAAUCUGCUCAUUGAGCGGUCGCAAAACUCCAAUUGGGUCGUCGUUUUCAAGUCGCUGGUCACGACCCACCACCUCAUGUGUUAUGGAAAUGAGCGAUUUACCCAGUAUCUGGCUUCAAGUAACUGCAGCUUCCAACUAAACAACUUCCUCGACAAGGGCAAUGUGGCAGGAGCCACAGGUAUGGAGAAAAGUUACGACAUGUCACCGUACAUCCGCCGUUACGCCAAGUAUCUGAACGAGAAAGCCCUGGCCUACCGGACCGUGGCCUUCGACUUCUGCAAAGUGAAGCGCGGAAAGGAAGAUGGCACGCUACGCACUAUGCCGGCAGACAAGCUGCUCAAAACACUACCGGCUCUCCAAGGCCAGAUUGACGCCCUGCUGGAGUUUGACUGUUCGGCCAACGAUCUGACCAACGGAGUCGUCAACACGGCCUUCCUGCUCCUCUUCCGCGAUCUGAUCCGCCUCUUUGCUUGCUACAACGACGGCAUUAUCAACCUCCUUGAAAAAUACUUUGAAAUGAACAAGAAGCAAUGCAAAGACGCUCUCGACUUUUACAAGAAGUUUUUGGUGAGGAUGGACCGCGUUGCCGAGUUUCUUAAAGUGGCCGAAAACGUAGGCAUCGAUAAGGGCGACAUUCCCGAUCUGACAAGGGCACCGAGCAGCUUACUUGAAGCGCUAGAGGGCCACUUGGCUACCCUUGAAGGCAAGAAGCCGACUACGAGCUCUUCAUCGAACAUUAGCCUAGCGCAGCAUAAUGGUGCGAUGGCAGCUAACGCGGAACAGAUUGACGAAUCUUUGAAACGCCAAGCGCUGGCUGAAGAAGAGGCGGCUAUGAACCAGUAUAAGAAAAGCACCAAUCCGUUUCUCAGUUCCCCAACAUCAGCAACACCUCCAUCAGCAGCCAGUGGGGGAGCUGCACCUCAAACGCAGCAGCCGAUCCUCGACUUGUUUGGCAGUGAUGUGGAUGGCAGCACGUCACACACGGCCCAAUCGGCUUACGAUUCUUCGCACAAGGCCUCGGACGAUUUGCUCCAAUUGGCCGCGAAUCCGUUCGCUUCGCCGACAGGUGCGCCACCCAUUCCCGCCAUGCCAACGCAAACCAACACGUGGGCGACCGGUCCUUCGCAAAACGGUUUCGGAGCUGGUCAUUUCGCUACGGACAAUUCAUUCGCCACGGCAUUCGGUGCGUCUGCUAACGGAUCGACUAAUGUUUCCGACGGCGCCGUGGCUAACCCGUUCGGCAUUCCGCAAUCCUCUCCGGCCCAUCACCCUCCUCCGCCCCGUCCUCCUCCUCCUUCCGCUGCUACUAAUAUGGGCGAUCUCUUGUACGGUAUCGAAUCUGUCGGUGUCGGUUCUGUUCUCGCUCCCGCUUCUUCCGGCUCUUCGCCCCUACCAGCUCGGGCCAUCGAGAAUCUGGUGGACGGUUUCGAUUUUCUCUCGAUGGACUCGACUUCUUCUAACACGACCAGCGCUCCUGCUCCGGCAGAGGGUAGCGCUUCUCCAGCUAAACAAGCAGCUAAAGGUUUUGAUGCAUUUGGUGACCUGUUGCAACCGUCAGGCAUGGCCGGCGGUGUUGCACUUGGUCCUCAAGCGACUGCCGCCAAGCCAGCGACCAACACUAGCAAUAAAGUCUUGACGGGAGACUUGGAUUCAAGUCUGGCUAGCUUGGCCAUGAACCUUACCAUCAACAAAUCAGCAGCACCCAAAACUGGCCAGUGGAAUACUGGCCCAGCGGCAGCUAACAAAACUGGCGCCCCUGUUCAGCCGCAACAACCAGUGGCUGGCCAGUGGAAUCCACAACCCAUGAUGGGUAUGCCUAUGGCGAGCGCGCCGAUGACUAUGCAAGCUGGUCAAAUGGCUUACAGACCGAUGGUUCCCAUGGCGCCGAUGACGGGCAUGACGGCCCCAUAUGCCGCCAACCAACCGAUGAACCCUGCCAUGGUUUCGGGUAUCAGGCCGGGAAUGAUGUCUGGACCCUCCUCUGGCGCCGGUGGUCCUUUCGCCAUGGGAGCCAUGACUCAGCCGGGCAUGCCUAUGGGUUCUAGUAUCCGCCCGGCUGCCAAUCAGCAGCUCGAUCCAUUUGGCGCCCUUUAAUUGAAAAAAAAAAACAAAAAAAUAUCGUUUUUUUCCCAUCUCCCUUCAUCAUUGCUUGAUUCGGAAGUUUCAAAAAUCGAAUCUUGUUAAGUUUCUUAUUUUUUAAUUUUUCCCCCUUAUAUUCGGUACUAUAGAAAUCGCUCUUCCUCGCUCCCCUGCGCAAUUAAAAGUUAAUUCGAUUCGAGAAAGGAGAAGGCUGAUGAAGGCAAACAUUCCACUGUGUCCAAGGGAGACGCUUUAAAGAUCUGAUAGUAGAAAUACGAAAACAAUUAAAAUAAGAAUUAAAACAAAUGUAGCCAGUCCCAGUGUGUGUGUAUGUUACGCAUGUACAGCAGGUGUGCGGGGAGAUUUUUUUUUUUUUUUUUUUUUUUUUUUCGGGCUCUUGUGAAUUUCCGUCAAGUUGUCUAUCCUCCCUAGUUUUUUUUUUCGGUGGUGGUUGUUGUUUGAACUAGCAGCAGCAAGAGCAGAAGUAACAAAAAUAACGACAUAGUGCUAUGGAGGUUUUCUAUAUUAUAUCUGUCUUUUUUUUUUUUCUUUCUUUCUUUCACAUUUUCGUGUCUUUUUCCUCGUUUAAUUUUUUGUUUGUGUGUGUGGCGUGUCUACUCUUUUGUUGAUAUACGUUUUCCAUCUUUAUUUUUCUCUCCUUUUUGCCUCCGAGCCUGUCGGCAUGUUUUAUAUGGGUCGUUGUUCGAAUUUAUACCCCUUCCCCCUCCCAUCCCUCUCUUCAAUUGGAAUUAAAGUUAAAAAGUAGGCCACGAGAUUAUUCCUUUUUCCCCCCGUCGCGCACAGCGAUUGCAUCGUGAAGCUCUUUAUUAUUACUAUUAAUAUUAUCAUUAUUAUUAUCACAAUUCGAAAGUAUACAAUCUUAAUUGUCUACCCC